AUGUCCAGAUGCACUGCCGCCAACAGUGCCGGCGAUUUCCGCCCUACGGCCUCGCAGAUCAUCGACGACGAAGACCUCGAGAACAAGCUUCCCGACAACGUCAUGCUCAUCACUGAAUUCAAGUCCAAGAGUAACCAACUUAACCUUCCGAUCGAGAAUGCUGGUGUCAUGGCCUGCCCCGAAGGUAAGACCGCAGACAUGUUCGAAAGCCAGUUCGGCACCAACCACCAAGCCCACUUCCUCCUCUUUUACCUCCUGAAAGAUCUCUUGCUCUCCUCCUCUACCCCUGCUUUCAACUCCCGCGUCGUGGUUGUUCUUCCAGCGCCCACCGGCAAGGAUGAAGAAUUGAAAAAAGUCUGGAAAAAUCCGCAGCAGGCAGCUGACACUACGGCCUGGGGUGCGGUGGCUAAGGGAUUGGAAGGCAGAGGAGGUGUUUUCCAGAACGAUUGCCAGAUUGCCGGGGCGUGUGUUGCACAGUCCAAUGGUCAGGCUGGACCUGGGUAUGCGGAAUGGGCGUACAAUCCUGGAGAGAAUAAGCUUUCGGAAAAGACGCUUGAGCUCCUCAAUUUGACUUAG